UAGUUCUUACUGUUCAUAUGUUAUGAUAUGAAUAUACCACACCAAUUCGUUAUGUAUGGAUGAUGAGAUUCCAUUGAUACAGAGCCAAUUCCAAUAGACUUAUUGGAGGGUCCCAUUGGCGUGCAUCCAGUAGGAAUUGAACCUACGAAUUCGCCAAUUAUGAGUUGGGCGCUUUAACCAUUCAGCCAUGGAUGCUUAGCGGGGAUCCUCGUACAUGGUGAAUAACCAAAUUCCAAUUGAAAUGAAAUCUUUAGGAUAAAUCAAUGUAAUUUAGGAGGAAUCAAUGAAAGGACAUCAAUUCAAAUCUUGGAUUUUCGAAUUGAGAGAGAUAUUGAGAGAGAUCAAGAAUUCUCACUAUUUCUUAGAUUCAUGGACCCAAUUCACUUCAGUGGGAUCUUUCAUUCACAUUUUUUUCCACCAAGAACGUUUUAUAAAACUCUUUGACCCCCGAAUUUGGAGUAUCCUACUUUCACGCAAUUCACAGGGUUCAACAAGCAAUCGAUAUUUCACGAUCAAGGGUGUAGUACUAUUUGUAGUAGCGGUCCUUAUAUAUCGUAUUAACAAUCGAAAUAUGGUCGAAAGAAAAAAUCUCUAUUUGACAGGGCUUCUUCCUAUACCUAUGAAUUCCAUUGGACCCAGAAAUGAUACAUUGGAAGAAUCUUUUGGGUCUUCCAAUAUCAAUAGGUUGAUUGUUUCGCUCCUGUAUCUUCCAAAAGGAAAAAAGAUCUCUGAGAGCUGUUUCCUGGAUCCGAAAGAGAGUACUUGGGUUCUCCCAAUAACUAAAAAGUGUAUCAUGCCUGAAUCUAACUGGGGUUCGCGGUGGUGGAGGAACUGGAUCGGAAAAAAGAGGGAUUCUAGUUGUAAGAUAUCUAAUGAAACCGUCGCUGGAAUUGAGAUCUCAUUCAAAGAAAAAGAUAUCAAAUAUCUGGAGUUUCUUUUUGUAUAUUAUAUGGAUGAUCCGAUCCACAAGGACCAUGAUUGGGAAUUGUUUGAUCGUCUUUCUCCGAGGAAGAGGCGAAACAUAAUCAACUUGAAUUCGGGACAGCUAUUCGAAAUCUUAGUGAAACACUGGAUUUGUUAUCUCAUGUCUGCUUUUCGUGAAAAAAUACCAAUUGAAGUGGAGGGUUUCUUCAAACAACAAGGAGCUGGGUCAACUAUUCAAUCAAAUGAUAUUGAGCAUGUUUCCCAUCUCUUCUCGAGAAACAAGUGGGCUAUUUCUUUGCAAAAUUGUGCUCAAUUUCAUAUGUGGCAAUUCCGCCAAGAUCUCUUCGUUAGUUGGGGAAAAAUCCGCACGAAUCGGAUUUUUUGAGGAACGUAUCGAGAGAGAAUUGGAUUUGGUUAGACAAUGUGUGGUUGGUAAACAAGGAUCGGUUUUUUAGCAAGGUACGGAAUGUAUCGUCAAAUAUUCAAUAUGAUUCCACAAGAUCUAGUUUCGUUCAAGUAACGGAUUCUAGCCAAUUGAAAGGAUCUUCUGAUCAAUCCAGAGAUCAUUUCGAUUCCAUUAGUAAUGAGGAUUCGAAAUAUCACACAUUGAUCAAUCAAAGAGAGAUUCAACAACUAAAAGAAAGAUCGAUUCUUUGGGAUCCUUCCUUUCUUCAAACGGAACGAACAGAGAUAGAAUCAGACCGAUUCCCGAAAUGCCUUUCUGGAUAUUCCUCAAUGUCAAUGUCCCGGCUAUUCACGGAACGUGAAAAGCAGAUGAUUAUUCAUCUGCUUCCGGAAGAAAUUGAAGAAUUUCUUGGGAAUCCUACAAGAUCCAUUCGUUCUUUUUUCUCUGACAGAUGGUCAGAACUUCAUCUGGGUUCGAAUCCUAUUGAGAGGUCCACUAGAGAUCAGAAAUUGUUGAAGAAACAACAAGAUGUUUCUUUUGUCCCUUCCAGGCGAUCGGAAAAUAAAGAAAUGGUUAAUAUAUUCAAGAUAAUUACGUAUUUACAAAAUACCGUCUCAAUUCAUCCUAUUUCAUCAGAUCCGGGAUGUGAUAUGGUUCCGAAGGAUGAACCGGAUAUGGACAGUUCCAAUAAGAUUUCAUUCUUGAACAAAAAUCCAUUUUUUGAUUUAUUUCAUCUAUUCCAUGACCGAACAGGGGGGGAUACACGUUACACCACGAUUUUGAAUCAGAAGAGAGAUUUCAAGAAAUGGCAGAUCGAUUCACUCUAUCAAUAACCGAGCCGGAUCUGGUGUAUCAUAAGGGAUUUGCCUUUUCUAUUGAUUCCUACGGAUUGGAUCAAAAACAAUUCUUGAAUGAGGUAUUUAACUCCAGGGAUGAAUCGAACAAGAAAUCUUUAUUGGUUCUACCCUCCUAGUUUUUAUGAAGAGAAUGAAUCUUUUUAUCGAAGGAUCAGAAAAAAAUGGGUCCGGAUCUCCUGCGGAAAUGAUUUGGAAGAUCCAAAACCAAAAAUAGUGGUAUUUGCUAGCAACAACAUAAUGGAGGCAGUCAAUCAAUAUAUAUUGAUC